UUGCGACUGUUGCCUUCGCCUUCCUCUUCUCCUGCGCUCUUGAUGCCCCUGUGAUGUCUUUGUGAUGUCUUCCCCUCCGUCGUAGCGCGCACAGGAGCCGGACCAGCGCUCCAGCCUAGCUACCUCCUACCCCUUCGGCAAAUGGGGGCUCAGUACAGCAUCUUUCAGAGCCCAGCUCUGGAUUUAUUACUGUUUAGCAAACCUGUGGCAGGGAUGGAGUAAUCCAAGAACGUUAAAAACCUUGGCUGUUUACAGAUGUUAACAAUUUUACUUGUUGAUCAUAUACCCAUAUAUCAAGCACAAAACUGUGUUUGCUAAAUUCUUUAACUCAGUUGCCUUAUGGAAUAGGCCUUAGCCCUUUCUACAGAAGGGGAAGCUGUGUCUCAUAAAUGGGUGAAGUAACCAUGCAGGCAUUUCUAAAAGGCACAUCUAUCAGUACUAAACCACCAUUGACCAAGGAUCGCGGAGUAGCUGCCACUGCUGGAAGCAGUGGAGAGAACAAGAAAGCCAAACCUGUUCCAUGGGUGGAAAAAUAUCGCCCAAAAUGUGUGGAUGAAGUUGCUUUCCAAGAUGAAGUGGUUGCAGUGCUGAAAAAGUCUUUGGAAGGAGCUGAUCUCCCUAAUCUCUUGUUUUAUGGGCCACCUGGAACUGGAAAAACAUCCACUAUUUUGGCAGCAGCUAGGGAACUAUUUGGGCCUGAACUUUUUCGAUUAAGAGUUCUUGAGUUAAAUGCAUCUGAUGAACGUGGGAUACAAGUAGUUAGAGAGAAAGUGAAGAAUUUUGCCCAAUUAACUGUAUCAGGAAGUCGUUCAGAUGGGAAGCCAUGUCCUCCUUUUAAGAUUGUGAUUCUGGAUGAAGCAGAUUCUAUGACCUCCGCUGCUCAGGCAGCUUUAAGACGAACCAUGGAGAAAGAGUCUAAAACCACUCGAUUCUGUCUCAUCUGUAACUAUGUUAGUCGAAUAAUUGAACCUCUGACCUCUAGAUGUUCUAAAUUCCGCUUCAAACCUCUGUCAGAUAAAAUUCAACGGCAGCGAUUACUAGACAUUGCUGAUAAAGAACAUGUGAAAAUUAGCAAUGAGGGAGUAUCUUAUCUUGUUCAAGUGUCAGAAGGAGACUUAAGAAAAGCCAUUACAUUUCUUCAAAGUGCUACUCGAUUAACAGGUGGGAAAGAGGUCACAGAGAAGGUGAUCACGGAUAUUGCUGGGGUAGUACCAGCUGAGACAAUUGAUGGAGUAUUUGCUGCAUGUCAGAGUGGCUCUUUCGACAAACUGGAAGCUGUGGUAAAGGACUUAAUAGAUGAGGGUCAUGCAGCAACUCAGCUUGUAAAUCAACUUCAUGAUGUGAUUGUAGAGAAUGAUAACCUUUCUGAUAAACAAAAGUCCAUUAUUACCGAAAAACUUGCUGAAGUAGAUAAAUGCUUAGCAGAUGGUGCUGAUGAACAUCUCCAACUUAUCAGCCUCUGUGCUACUGUGAUGCAGCAAUUAACUCAGAAUUGUUAAGUAUUCAAUUUAUAUAUUUUGUAAAAAAAUAAAAUGACUAAAGCACCUUUAAAGUGAAUAUACAAUUUAUUUAACAUUCAAACUUCAUUAAGACAUGUGCAAUAUGGCAAUUUUACUGGGGGUUUAACCCUACCUAGGAUAUGAUUGCUUGCUGGGGCUUAGCAACAGGGUCCAGUUCACACUUAGCACUAAUUAAAUACUUUAUUGAAUAAAUACAAUACCAACAAAAUGCAUCCAAAUGCUUUCUAAAAAAAAAAUCAAUUUUAAAGGCCUUUCUAUUUAGGCUAAUGA